AUGCCAUUAUUUAGUAACAAGUUUUCACCUAAAAGUAUUCCGGUAAGAAAAUUUGAUACUUCGGUGAUAAGAAAUGAAUUUGGUAGUGAUUAUGCUGCAAAAGAAUUAUCUAUUGACAUUCAACCGCUUAAACUAAAAUUUGGUGAUUUCGAAAUAUCGUUUGAGGAUGGGCAAUGGAUACCAGCUUCAGGAAAGGCAGGAUUAACUCACAAAGAGAAUAUAAGAUUAAGGAAAGAAUUGGAGCAGCUGGAGGAAGAGAACAAUAUGUUGCGACUAAAGUUCGAAGUUUUGCUCGAUAUGAUGACAGAUAAGACCGUGGAAGCUGAGCAACAGGCAGAAAUACAGCGGUCUCAGAGUAUGAGUUCUUUGAAACAGAGAAAUAAAAAAUAUAAAUGGUGA